AGCUAGUUGUGAUGACAGCCUCAACCAGGUUCAUCUACAGAGCAGUCUGAAAGAAACGGUUCUAAUUGCAAAGCUACCGCACUUCUGAAAGAUGGAACUGUGUCUAACAUCAUACAUAAAGGAAGCCCCAAAUUACAAAAGUAUCCAAAAUGCUGGCAUUCAAGGACACCAUUGUCCCAAUCAACUACAAGGCACUGAGGAAGAAAGGAACGAUCGAACAGAAAAGAAAAGCAAACAGCUACACAAUCCUUGUAAGGCGGAAAUAGGAAAAAAGAUUAAGAAGCGUGAAAAGGAAAAGAUGGCAAACAUCGCGUCGAGUAUGAAUGAUCCUUGCUCGGGAAGGUCAUCGGCCUUUGACCCCUACCAAACAACAUUCAUGCGGGACUUUGUUUAUCGUCCAGGAUCCAUAGCUGAACCCAUUCGACCUAAAUCAUCAGAUGGGUUUACUUACCCAUAUCAGCUCCAUGAGCCUAUUGGUGACACCUCAUAUUCAGAUGACUACGCCUGGAAAUUACUGACCAGUCCACAGCCUUUGCAAAGAAGCAGAGGAUCCUCCAGCAAUGAACCUCACCCAUGUGAUGUUUUGUGGCUAUGGAAACAACUCAAGAAGAAUCCAGAUUCCUUCCCAAGGGUCAACUCAUAUUUUCCUGAACCAAUGUCUUCUGAUGACAUCAGCAGACUAAAAACGCAUCAGUAUGAUACAAUAUACCGGCAGGAUUACUUGGGACUACAGCAAGGUAGGACGAUAUUGAAAUUCAUCAUUCAGUUACAGAAGGAUGUAAAUAGCACUGAGAUGAAAGGUGUUAUUGCAACUGAUUUGAGUAAGUGCUAAAUAUAUAUGAGGUCAUUUCAGUCUACUAUUAGUUGAGGUGAUACCUCCUCCCUCCACCAACUUUGCAUCUUUUACAUCAAUAGGAGACAACUGAUGGAAUUAAGUUUUCAGUACAUAUUAUAGCUGAUAAUGGAUUGAGGGGGAAUCCAUAGGGAACAGCAUUUGGAAGCUUUCAAAGAAAACAUGUUGAAGAAGAGCAUUGAAUGUGAGCAGACAUUUUAGACAAUUAGUAUUUAGAUUAAAACUGGAUAUCACCAAUAGUGAAUUUUCACAAAGAUUAGUGUAAGUGUUACUAUUUUUUUAAACGCAAUCUUCAUGAUUGCAAGGCCCUGCGGGACAUUAAGAACGUAAAGUCCUGUGGGUCUACUCCAUCAACGAGAUGCUCAUUGGUGGGGAAACUGAAGGAGCUGGACUUGGUGUGGACCGUGAUGCUGCCUGCAUCAGAGGAAUCGGGGCAUGAAGGAGGUAUGCAGCCGGCAGUACAUGAUCAUCUUUAGUCCAUUUUCUUGUGAUUGUGAGAUCUUGUUGGACAUUCUUAAUGUGGAGUGCUGCAAGUCUGAUCCACGGAUUUAUUGGCGUAUGGCGGGGGGAGCCGCGUGGCCUCGGUCGCAGCAAGGACUAGGCCUCAAGCCGCAGUGUCGCCGGUUUACAGCCGCCCAGGAGAGAGGGGUCGCGGUGGCUGCGCUCUGCCGGGGGCGGAGUGGCACAUCCAAGCUGGAGUCAGUGCUGCCCCCCAUGCUCGCUCAGCAGAAGACAAGGUGUAUUGUGUUCAGCUGCCGACUGUUCCAAUAUUCAUGGUCCCAGGGUCUUGGACUAUAUAUAUUUGGUGUGACUGUAUUUUACUGGUAUCUUAUAUGU